UGGGUCGUCAACUCAACACCGGAUAUCCACCUGAAGCCACCAGAGGCCAGGGCUGUUCAAACGGGCUCUCGAUAGUAACAAGUGCUAACAGGUUUUCCCACUCUCAUGAGAUCCAGUGGACUGGUCAUAGUUUGAGGAGUGAACGAUUUGGUGUUUAUCCACGGAGUCUGGAUGACAGAUGACACUAUCUGGACAAGCUGCUGCAGCAAGGACAUUGUAUCGAACUCUGUCUGACCGUGGCACUGUGGUUCUUGAGGCAGCCAUGACCAGCGCUCUGUCCGCUCUCGAUCGUGCUUCAUCUGAGAGGAGUCGAGCGGAAGCCGGAUGUCGAGGCUGUGUUCCCUGUUUGUUUCAGGACUGUGGACAGCUGUCCGGCUCCUGUUCGUCUCCUUCCAACGCGUUGUCAGAGCCUAGCUGUGAUGUCAUCAGUAAGGCCCAGAAGCUUCAGGAUGAAGCCGAGCGGAGCUGGGCUCUGAGUCAGGCCUGUGCUUACUAUCAGCAUCGCUGCCCGGCAGGGGAACUGGACAAGGAGAGCUGCAUCAGGAUUAUGGGUGAGAGCUGCAGCGCUCGUGUCCUCCAGUGCAGCCUGCUUAACACCAUGCAGAACCUGGAGCCUGCUACACAGACACAUGCACAGGCAGUGUGUGGUCAGAGAUCGACCAGGGUUCAAAACAUCACACAGCCCCGCUCUAGGAUCGUCGGUGGCUCUCCUGCUCCUCUGGGCAGCUGGCCCUGGCUGGUCAACCUGCAGCUAGAUGGGGGCCUGAUGUGCGGAGGAGUCCUGGUGGACAGCUCCUGGGUGGUCACUGCUGCUCACUGCUUUGCUGGCAGCCGCAGUGAGAGCUACUGGACCGCCGUGGUGGGAGAGUUUGAUAUCACCAAGACUGACCCUGAUGAGCAGGUCCUCAAAGUGAACCGCAUCAUCCCUCAUCCUAAGUUCAACCCCAAGACCUUUAACAAUGACAUAGCUCUGGUUGAGCUGACGACUCCAGUGGUUUUAUCUGAACAUGUCACUCCGGUGUGUCUCCCCUCGAGCAUGGACCCUCCUACAGGCAGUCCUUGUUUGGUGGCAGGCUGGGGCUCCCUCUAUGAGGAUGGCCCAUCUGCUGAUGUGGUGAUGGAGGCCAAAGUGCCCCUGCUGCCUCAAAGUACCUGUAAGAGUGCACUUGGCAAAGAACUGGUCACCAAUACUAUGCUGUGUGCCGGAUAUCUCGCCGGAGGCAUAGACUCCUGUCAGGGAGAUUCCGGAGGCCCCCUGAUCUACCAGGACAGAAUCUCUGGUCGGUUCCAGCUCUACGGUAUCACCUCCUGGGGGGAUGGCUGUGGUGAGAAGGGCAAACCUGGAGUCUACACACGAGUGUCUGCUUUCUCUGACUGGAUUCAGGCUGAGAUACAGAAGUCAUUUGGGAGCCGGGAGCCGACAUGUCCGGAGCUUCUAAAGACAACAGAAAUGACAGAGGAGGAGCAGAGGGCAGAGUUCAGCUCUCUUUGUCGCUUCUACACACUGACCUGCCCCGCUGGUCAGUCCGUCAGCACUUGCAACCGAAUGGCCGAGGACAAGUGCCUGACCCGCUUCAAGAAAUGCCAGCUGCGCUCCUUUCUGCAGACCCUGCUGGACCUGCUCCAGAGGGCCGAGGACUACAUCAGGGACAAAGUGGACCUGACCUUCUUCACUCAGACUCUUCCACAGUUGGUGGAGCACAUCUACAGCACAGCUUUUGCUCACACCAGAGAGAGGAGAGACUUAAAUCAUGGUCUCACUCAGAUUAAAGAACAGCUAGGUGGAGCUGUGGUACCAACAGAGCAGGGUCCUUCUCUCACUCUCCCAUCCUUGUUCAGAGAGGUGGGACCGUCAGUGGAUGACUGGGAGAAAUACCUGAGAAACAUGGCUGAAGAGCUGGACAAACAACACUCUGAUGCUUCUACAGACAUUUCCUCCAAACCAACGAGACAGGAGAACAGACUUUUCCUACAGACGGAUGACUCCUCAGUCCAUCUGCUUGAAGGAAAAUUUCGAUCUAUUAUCUCAAAUCUGCGCUCCAAAUUGGACUCAAGAGCUGCUCCUCCCAUCAUGCACUUGGACACAGUCUACCUCCAAGAUGACUCUCCAAACAACUCUCCUUUUCCUACAUCUUUCACCGGAACACCAGACCAUCCUAAUCCCUCCUCCUCAUCCAAGGGGCCCCAGAAGCAGCCCUGGUCCCUUCUUACAGCCCUGAUGAAUGAAAUGGAAAAAUUAAGCUCCCAAGAUGAAACAGGGACAGAGGAUGCCUCCCAAAGUGACACUUCUGAUGAAAACUGGAGCACUACGUCUGAGGAUUUUACUUUUGUUGAAAAUGCAGACAAGGCAGAACUAAAAUCUUCAGCGUUACCGCUUCAUGAGCAGUCAACCACUGUGGUUCAGCCAGUCACUACUUAUGCAGAGACAACUGCUGACCCCAGACAAAAUGUGCAUGCUGUGAAAAGUCUUCAUAGGAAAUACAGGAGUCUGCUUCAUAAAAGGCAGAUACCUGGAACAACUGGAAAAAUUUGUCCUGGAGUGAGAGAAUCCUCACAACAAGUCAGCCAAGUCAGAGACUCGUACAGUUGGGUGCUAAAUAUCCCAAAUAAGAACCUACGCAUGAGCUUCCAAGAGGUGUUAGUCGAUCUAAGCUCCAAGAACGAGCGAGGACUCUACCAGGCGCGGGUUAGAGCAGUUGUAGGAGGACGGCCGCUGACGUUCUACAGCCUGGUCGGCCUGGAAAACGAGUCUUUUUACCGCAGUGUGCCGAGGAUCAUUGCACUGGCACUGGACGCGCUCAAGACUUGACUUAAUCGAAAUAGAAAUGAACAGUGAAAGAAAGACUGAGAUGAUGGACAAAGACUCUCAAACCUAUGUGUUUAAAAAGCACCAGAAAAGCCUCUUCAUGUGACAGAGACGCACAUAAAUGCACACCCAGCCACACACCUGCUGUUUUCAGUGAAAGUAGUAUCACCCCGAUCUGAGCGGCUGAUUUAGACUCUAAAGUCAAACACAACCAUGAAUGUAUCAACCCAACUAUCAAGCACCCAUCAUGCUGCAGGAUUUUUUUAUGUGGUUGAAGACGCAGCCUUGUCUAACUUAUGAAUAUGUACAAAUGAUAAGUUAUUCAUUCUGUCUUUUGCAAAGGUUGAGCCUCUUGUGAAGCACACAGACUGUAAAUAUUAUUCAUAUUCUUACCUUAUUCUUACUAUAUUUAUUUGUAUAGAGAAAACAUUUGUAUUUUUGUAAAAAAAAAUCUUUAUAUAAAUAAAAA